AUGAAACUUUUGAAAUAUAUCAUAGCCCUCCUGCUGCUGUUGGUCCUUGCACAGGUCGCCCAGUGCUAUGGGAUUGGACCCCGCUACAGCGGCUUCUAUGCCGACUGGCCCGACUACUGUGACGAACAGCAGAAGACGAGUGAAGGCGACGGUACCGUUUCCUGUUAUCCAGGAAGUGCCACGAUCAAAAAGCCACCACAGGAUGGAGCCUCCUGCAGCUCCAGCAACUCCUGCAAGGACUCUGGCCAGGGGCUGGGACUGCGACUGGGAGCAAACACUGCAGCAGCUAUAGCCCAGAAUGCAGCUAAAAUGGCAAAGGCAGCAAAUGAAGCACAGGCCGGUGCUGCAGCGAAAGCCGCCAAGCUGGUUCGUAUCCAGCUGGCGGAGAAGGCAAUGCAAGCUGCCCGUGCCGCCAAUGCGGUGCUGGAGGGUAAGGAGGCGGUCGUCAAGAACUUUGAGCGAGAGCUACACGAUGCCGAGGAUAGGGUGAUCCAGGCGAGCGCUUCCCUGGAUAAAAGCGAGUCGAAUGCCGAGGGUGCCUCUGCGGCUAGCACCUAUGCCGAAGCCCUCAAGGACCGCCUCAAGGGUAUCCUCAAGCAGACCAUGGCCGGCCUCGCCGACAUCGAUGCAUUCGAAAAGCAAGUGAACGCCGAUCUCGAGGAGAAGACCGAGAUGCUGCUCAAAGCCGAAGAGCUGGUCGAACGUCUCGAGCAGCAGCUCGCUUGGGCCCGCGAUGACUACGAAAAGAUGAAGAAGGUCGCCCGCCACGCAUCCAAAGCGGCUGCACAGGCCCGCCAAGAGAUCAAUGCCGCAGCAUCCACGUGUGGAUCCAAGGGGAAACGAGAGAUCCUCAAACAUUCUGAUGCUCUUCUAGCGGCUUAUGUCCAGCUGCAUCGCGACCGUGAGGCACGGAAGUUGCAACAGAAGCAAUAUUUGCAAAAACAUUGA